AUGCCUCCCCUUCGCCCCUCAAUAUUUAUUUUCCAUGUACAUAAACCGAGCCUAGUCUCAUCAUCCCGUCAAACCAGUCGACACCGCUAUCAGCACCACCACAGCGCAGCAAUCCGCAAACGACCCCGACCAACAGCACUAAAUUCCCAAUCCUCCCACUCAACCCCAACACCAACACCAACCCCUAUCAUAUUCACCGCAUCAUUCUCCAGCACCGGCCCGCGCCCCGCAAAAGAAAAAAACCACUAUGAAACCCUCGGCCUACCCGUAACAGCCACCGCAGAUGAGAUAAAGAAAAAAUUCUACGCCCUCUCUCUAAAACACCACCCAGACCGCAACCGCUCCGACCCAACGGCCAGCCAACGCUUCGCCCGAAUAAGCGCCGCCUACAACGUCCUCGGCAACGUCUCCAAGCGCUCCUCCUACGAUCGAGAUCAUGGCUUCCAUCACACGCAACACGCACACCGACACCCCGCCACGCCGUCCGGAACCCACAGCAGCCACAGCGCCCAUGCGCAUCACGCCGGUGGCGGAGGCACUUAUGCCGGGUCAAGACCUGCCAGCGGCCUGAGUAAACGGCGCGGAACAUUUACAGGCCCGCCGCCGAGUUUCUAUACGCAUGGGGGAUAUGGGCGGACUGGGCGGACGGCGAGCGAGGAGGGGUUUAAGGGUGCGUUUGGAUUUGGGGAUGGUGCUGGUGCUGGUGCUGGCGCUGGUGCUGGUGCUGGCGGGUUUGAAAGCGAAUGGGCUGAAUUUACGGCUGGACAUCGACAGGGUCGGGAAGUUGAUCCUGAAGAUCCGUUUGAUUUCAUUCGACGGAACCCGCUGAGGCAUUUUAAUGCGCGGGCUCAUUAUCGGACGCAGAGGGCGGAGGAUUUGAGGAGGGGGGAGAGGAGGAGGAGUGAGGCUUAUCAUGAUAUCAUCAAAGAGCGCGAGGAGGCUGCCGCUGGGACGGCGGGGUCUGGGACUGCGUCUACUAGUGGGCCUGGGCCUAGGUUUCGGUUUGAUUUGGCUGGUUUGGUGGGCUUUACGGGGAUUGUUUUUGUGGUUUUCUGUUUGACGGAGUAUGUGAGGGGUGGUCCUAUCACUGGGGGUUCGAGGAAGGACUCGGAUUCGAAGGAGUGA